UGAUUGAUCGUUUGAUCGGAUGUCUGUCUUCUCAUCUUUUUUUUUUUUUUUUUCUGUGGCCCUGUCUUCUAAUCUGGUGGCUGCAAUUCUGGCCAAUUCAUAGCGGAGCCUUGGAAAUGAUUGUAGUCUAAUGGAGGCGCGGAUCCGCUCACAGUGGGAUGCACAGACUAUUAUUCCGUUCCUUUGAUUGUUCUUUAUAUUAAUAAUAAAACAAUAGAUGGAAAUCUAUCGGCUGCGGGUGCCUAAAGAUUACGAGGACGCAGAUGAAACGCGGAUCCUUUCCAGGUGUGAUGAGACAAAGAAACAAAGGAUGCCUUAGAGAGGAGGUUGCCUGUACGCCUGGAAACCUCUUCAAAGCACACCACCAAAUGGAUCAAACACCUCCCCCUGCCACCUCUAGAUCAUGAUACUUGGCUGAAGCUAUCCCAGUACAUUUAUGAUCCCUCCUCCAUCUAUGGCGAACUAUAGCCAUGCAGGGGACCACACCAUCUUGCAGAAUGUCUCUCCUCUUGCAACAUUCCUCAAAUUGACCUCCCUGGGUUUCAUCAUUGGAGUCGGUGUGGUAGGGAAUCUCCUGAUCUCCAUCCUGCUGGUUAAGGACAAAAGUCUGCACCGGGCACCCUACUAUUUCCUGCUGGACCUGUGUGCCUCGGAUAUCCUGCGCUCCGCUAUCUGCUUCCCCUUUGUCUUUACCUCUGUAAAGAAUGGAUCUGCCUGGACCUACGGCACGCUGACCUGCAAAGUGAUUGCCUUCCUUGGGGUGCUAUCCUGUUUCCACACGGCAUUUAUGCUCUUCUGUGUAAGCGUCACCCGCUACCUGGCGAUUGCCCAUCAUCGCUUCUACACCAAGAGGCUAACGUUCUGGACGUGCUUAGCUGUCAUUUGCAUGGUGUGGACGUUGUCAGUGGCUAUGGCUUUUCCUCCGGUGCUAGAUGUCGGGACGUACUCCUUCAUCCGGGAGGAGGAUCAGUGCACGUUUCAGCACCGUUCCUUCAGGGCGAACGAUUCGCUGGGCUUCAUGCUACUGUUGGCGCUCAUCCUCCUGGCCACACAGCUGGUUUACCUCAAACUCAUCUUUUUCGUCCACGACCGCCGAAAGAUGAAGCCCGUCCAGUUUGUGCCUGCAGUUAGCCAGAACUGGACCUUUCACGGGCCAGGUGCCAGUGGGCAGGCAGCAGCCAACUGGCUGGCCGGGUUUGGCCGGGGACCCACCCCCCCUACUUUGCUGGGAAUCCGACAGAACAGCAACGCCGCCGGUCGCAGACGUCUUCUAGUACUGGACGAGUUCAAAACGGAGAAGAGGAUUAGUAGGAUGUUCUACAUAAUGACGUUUUUCUUCCUGGCUCUGUGGGGGCCCUACCUGGUUGCCUGCUAUUGGCGUGUGUUUGCAAGGGGCCCUGCGGUCCCCGGAGGCUACCUUACAGCAGCUGUGUGGAUGAGCUUUGCCCAGGCUGGGGUCAAUCCUUUUAUCUGCAUCUUCUCCAACAGGGAGCUUCGGCGUUGCUUUAGCACCACCCUCCUCUACUGUAGAAAAUCCAGGUUACCAAGGGAACCCUACUGCGUUAUAUGAUGGUUUUUCUGGGGUUUUUAGUCAUCUACAUCUUGGUUACCCUGAUUUAUCUUGAUGUGGGCUUGUCCCAAUUGUACAGCUCUUGUUCUACACCCUUCCCCUUCAACCUCCAAUUUUCUCUUGCUCCUCCUAUUCACGACCCUUCCUGGAGGGUAGAGGGCGAACUGCCGUUUAUGCGGCUCUGCUUGGGUGAUCAAGUCAAAAAGUCCAACUGAACGUGGAAACCGAAUGGAAUGGGAAUAUAGAGAAGGUAUGGAUCUUCUCCCGUGUUUAUGUUCUAGUAAACAAACAUUGUGGAAGGCCAUGCCAAUGCAGAAAAGCAAAAAGUUUAAGAUUUUUCCUUUGACAAAAUGAAUACAAAACCUCCUUUGUUGGAAAUUUUGAAGAUGAGUUACUCUGUGAUGUGUGAAAUACAAAAAAAGAAAAAAAAAUGAACACAAAACGAAGAAACAAUACCUCUCAAGGAAUCAUUGGAAAUGUUUUACAGUAAGAGUUGCACUAAUAAGAAGAUGUAAAGUUGCUUUUUCUUUGGUCGAUGGUUGACAGCUGCAUUGCAAGGACAACUUUUUCCUCUCUCUUUGUUUUAUUUCUUCCCUCAACGUGAACAAUGAAUGCUUUAAUUUUCAACAGACAACACAACUGUCUUUACCUUAAGUAAAGCAAAACAUGGUGACUGUUGGGAUAUACCAUCACAAGAGGAUAAGAUGGUUUUAAUGUAAGUGAUUACUUUUUUUCAUUUACCAGGUGGGUGGGCAUAAGGGGGAUAGGGGUUUGCGAUUUUGUGCUUUUUGAAGUUGCAACUUAAAACUAGAAAUGAUUUCUUGUAGUUUUACAAUCCAUAUGUCCAUAGUGUCUCGCAUUGUUACUUUCUUAACUGAUUUUACGGAGAAAAAGAUGGAGCAAUGUAUGGGUUUGAAUUACAAAGUGAUUGAUUUU